UUACCUUGCUUUUGCACAAGGGGAAGGGAUUCUUCUGGAUUGAGAGAGAUGAGGGAAAUUAUAAGCAUCCACAUAGGCCAAGCUGGGAUUCAGGUUGGGAAUUCUUGCUGGGAGCUCUAUUGUCUAGAACAUGAAAUUCACCCUGAUGGAAUGAUGCCCAGUGACACCUCUGUGGGUGUUGCACAUGAUGCUUUCAACACUUUCUUCAGCGAAACGGGUUCCGGAAAGCAUGUGCCUAGAGCUAUCUUUGUUGAUCUGGAACCCACUGUUAUUGAUGAAGUUAGGACUGGUCCUUACCGUCAACUUUUCCACCCUGAGCAGCUUAUUUCUGGCAAGGAAGAUGCUGCUAAUAAUUUUGCUAGGGGCCACUACACAAUUGGGAAGGAAAUUGUAGAUCUCUGCCUUGAUCGGGUUAGGAAGUUAGCUGAUAACUGCACUGGUUUGCAAGGCUUUUUGGUGUUUAAUGCUGUUGGCGGUGGAACUGGCUCUGGUUUGGGCUCUUUGUUGUUAGAGCGCUUGUCAGUAGAUUAUGGAAAGAAGUCAAAGCUUGGGUUCACCAUCUAUCCUUCACCUCAGGUCUCAACUGCUGUUGUGGAACCUUACAAUAGCGUUUUGUCCACUCAUUCCCUUCUUGAGCACACAGAUGUCGCUGUGCUAUUGGACAAUGAAGCAAUUUAUGACAUAUGCCGGAGAUCUCUCGAUAUCGAGAGGCCAACUUACACCAAUUUGAACCGACUGAUAUCUCAAAUCAUAUCAUCCUUGACAACUUCUUUAAGAUUUGAUGGAGCCAUUAAUGUGGACAUUACAGAGUUCCAAACCAAUCUUGUUCCAUAUCCCCGUAUCCAUUUCAUGCUCUCUUCAUAUGCACCUGUCAUCUCAGCUGAGAAAGCCUUCCAUGAACAAUUAUCAGUUCCUGAGAUCACAAAUGCUGUGUUUGAGCCCGCAAGCAUGAUGGCAAAGUGUGAUCCUAGGCAUGGGAAGUACAUGGCAUGCUGCCUGAUGUAUCGAGGAGAUGUUGUCCCCAAGGAUGUUAAUGCUGCUGUCAGUACUAUCAAAACCAAGAGAACUGUGCAGUUUGUUGACUGGUGCCCGACUGGCUUCAAAUGCGGUAUUAACUAUCAGCCCCCAACUGUUGUACCUGGGGGAGAUCUUGCUAAGGUGCAGCGAGCUGUUUGCAUGAUCAGCAACAAUACAGCAGUGGCUGAAGUGUUCUCACGCAUUGACCACAAGUUUGAUCUCAUGUAUGCAAAGAGAGCUUUUGUGCAUUGGUAUGUUGGUGAGGGCAUGGAAGAAGGUGAAUUCUCAGAAGCCCGUGAGGAUCUGGCAGCUCUUGAGAAAGAUUAUGAAGAAGUUGGUGCCGAAGGUGUGGAAGAUGAAGAGGAAGGUGAAGACUAUUGAUGUACUUACGCAAAAAAAUUUUACUUUGAAGAUGGUUCAGUGUAUGACGGUUUGCCCACCCCUUUCCCCUUUGUCCUAUCCUUCUGUCUUCUUGUUUAGCGCUGUCAUCUUAUGGGUGCUGGACGAUUGUCAAAGUGUCCGUAUAAUCUCCUAAAGCCAUUGUAUGCCAUCUCAAUUAAGUAAUGUGUACUGUUGCGUUGCAUGCCGUUUU